CCCCCAUAAUACAAAGUUGAACAUCUUUUGCAAAAGUCAUCUCCCUCUCUCUCUCUCUCUCUCUCUCUCUCCCCCACCAGGCCAUUCUUCUCUCCUGCAUUGCUCUCUGUGCUCAUGGAAGUUAACAACAGUACUGAUGCACCUGCAAGGCCGCUUGGCUUUACUGCUGCAAACAACCACACCCAGGAACACCAUCACUCACAUCCACAAACCCAUGGCCACCACCAUGCCAUUUUCUCAUCCAUUUCCACUCUUAUAAUCAUCAUAUCCAUCGCCUCCAUUGCCCUCAUUUUCGCCAUAUUUCUAAUCAUUCUAAUGCUCCGGCGACUCAAAUCCGCCAAAACCAAUGGCACUUGCAAGGAGCACAACAGCAUCAUCAACAACACAAGCAGCAAGUUCAUAGCUCACACCACUGUGACCUUCAAUUCCAGCCCAGAUGUGAGGGGAGGGUGCCUUUAUGGAGGGCAUAUGAGCAGAACACCUCCACCCAGAUUCAGGGGAGUCCAAGUUUUUGCAUACAAGGAGCUUGAAACGGCCACAAAUAGAUUCAGUGAAGCAAAUAUCAUCGGCAAUGGAGGGUUUGGUAUUGUGUAUAGAGGGGUCCUCAGUGAUGGGACCCUGGCUGCAAUUAAAAUGUUGCAUAGGGAAGGAAAGCAAGGGGAGCGUGCUUUCAGGAUUGAGGUGGAUCUUCUAAGCCGCCUGCAGUCUCCUUAUCUAGUGGAGCUACUCGGCUACUGUGCUGACCAACACCAUAGGCUUCUGAUAUUUGAAUUCAUGCCUAAUGGUACUCUGCAGCACCACCUCCACCCCUCCCACAGUCAACACAGGCCGUUGGAUUGGGCGACCCGAUUGAGAAUAGCCUUUGACUGCGCCAGGGCCCUUGAGUUCCUCCAUGAGCAUUCAAUCCCAACCCCUGUUAUCCACCGUGACUUCAACUGCACCAAUGUGCUUUUGGAUCAAAAUUUCCGUGCCAAGGUGUCUGAUUUUGGAUUGGCCAAGAUGGGCUCUGACAAGAUCAAUGGUCAGAUCUCGACACGUGUGCUUGGGACCACUGGAUAUCUGGCACCGGAGUAUGCUUCAACGGGAAAGCUUACUACAAAAUCAGAUGUAUAUAGCUAUGGUGUUGUACUUCUAGAGCUGUUAACAGGCCGUGUACCGGUUGACACCAAGCGGCCACCUGGCGAGCAUGUCCUUGUUUCAUGGGCUCUUCCAAGGCUAACCAACAGAGAAAAAAUAGUGGAAAUGGUUGACCCUGCUCUACAAGGCCAGUAUUCCAAAAAGGAUCUAAUUCAGAUUGCAGCCAUUGCAGCCAUGUGUGUGCAACCAGAAGCAGAUUAUCGGCCUCUAAUGACCGAUGUUGUGCAGUCACUAAUCCCUCUGGUCAAAAACCUCUACUCCAUUAGUUCUUCUGGUUCCUCCAGAUUUAUAAAUCAAAUAGCAAGUCCCAGCCAAGGCCUUUCAGUUUCUUCUGAGAGCCGUUGGCACAUUUUGUAGGACAGCAGCACUAGGAAUAGCAGUUGCUUUUAGUUCUCAAAGCUGUCAUAAGCAGAGCUUUUGCAUUGGAUAUGAAGAACACAAUGCAAACUUGAAUGCUUGUGAAUAAUCUGAAUUGGAAGGCUGGAGACAGCUUGGGGCAAUUCAUACAUCAGCUAUUAGUCUCCCUGUAAGCAAGCAUGUUGAACUGCAUAAUUUUCUGCAGACCAAUUUCUGUAAUAUGGUGUUCAGAUCUCCAAAAACUUCCAAGUAUGUUGUAAAAAUUUAACAAAGGCACUUGCUUUUGUCAAGUAUCAAACUUUUUGUUGUGAAAUGCUCAAAUUUUCCA